AUGCAAACCAGAUCCAAGUCUAAACUUUCUUCUUCUCUUCCUUCUUCUUCUUGUUUUCUUACUUCUAGUCCUGCUUCCUCAACUGAACCUCUUUCUUACAAAUCUGCUCUUACCUCUCCUGUUUGGUUUCAAGCCAUGUUAGAUGAAUAUUCUGCCUUGCAAAUGCAGCACACUUGGUCCUUGGUUCCUCUUCCACCAAAUAAACAAGCCAUUGGGUGUAAGUGGGGUUUUAAACUUAAGAAAAAUUCUGAUGGUAUUGUGGCUCGGCAUAAAGCCCGCCUUGUUGCUAAGGGAUUUCUUCAAGAACAUGGCAUUGAUUUUCAGGACACUUUCAAUCAUGUUGCCAAACAGCCCACUAUAUGCAUUCUUUUGUGUUUGGCUUUGCACUCUAACUGGUCUUUAAAGCAAUUGGACAUCUCCAAUGCAUUUCUCCAUGGUCGUCUGGAAGAUGAGGUCUAUAUGGAUUAA